GCGUGGCUAGUCGUCCUACACUCUCUCCUGACCAUGAAGUUCAUCCAUUUGGCACUCUGCUGCUGUGGCCUACUGGCCGCUGCGAAUGCUCUCAGCUUCACGGUCACCUCGCGUAUCUUUAUGGACGUCAAACACAACAAGCAGCCCAUAGGGAGGAUUACCUUUGGGCUAUUUGGCAAGCUGGCACCCAAGACGGUGGCCAACUUUCGGCACAUCUGCCUGCGCGGCAUCAACGGCACCAGCUACGUGGGCGCUCGCUUUCACAGGAUUGUCGAUCGAUUCCUGGUCCAAGGCGGUGACAUUCUGCACGGCGACGGCACUGGCUCCAUCAGCAUUUACGGCGACUAUUUCCCGGAUGAGGACAAGGCGCUGGCAGUGGAACACAAUCGCCCGGGGUAUCUGGGCAUGGCGAAUCGCGGACCAGACACCAACGGCUGCCAGUUCUAUGUGACGACAGUCGGCGCCAAGUGGCUGGACGGCAAGCACACGGUCUUCGGCAAGGUGCUCGAGGGCAUGGACACCAUCUAUGCCAUUGAAGAUGUUAAGACGGACACGGAUGACUUUCCCGUGCAGCCGGUGGUCAUCUCCAACUGCGGCGAGCUGCCCACGGAGCAGUUCGAGUUCUAUCCGGAUGAUUACAACGUGCUCGGGUGGAUCAAAGCGGCGGGUCUGCCUGUGACCAGCUCCUUCCUCGUGCUGCUCAUCUUUCAUUACUUUUUUCGACAGCUGAACAUGUACUGUUGAGCGCUUUAUUUAAUGCACAUAAAAUCAAUAUAUAAAUGGUU